CACCAAACACACAAUAAUGGCCAUCCCCUAAAGAAAGUGAAGAUGAAGAAUCCUCUCGUUCGAUCAGAAGAUCUCACCAUAGAGGGUUUUGAAAGGUUCAGAUUCUCUUUAGGGGAUGGCUCAAAACACAAGGGUACUCACAAAUUAAAGGGCAACUUCGAUCCUUUGGCAAGCUUCGGUUCCCCUCGGAAUCAGCAGAUUAUUAUUCUUACAGCACUAUCUUUCUCUCUCUAUUUUGCUUAUUCUUGUAAUCCCGUGAGAUGCACCAUGCAUUCAUGUGUGUUCCUCAUAUGA